AUGAAAUAGUCAUAAAACUAAUAAUCAUCGCACAGACUAAAGUCAAAGAAAGAACAGUAAGCGAUUGCAAAAUAAGAGUCACUCAUCGAGUAGCAAUAGUACUCUAAUGUCCCCUCUUUCUUGUUAAAGACAUACGAUAUCGUCAAUGACCCGAUCUACGACAACAUCAUUUGCUGGAACGAAACCGAAGAUGGGUUCAUUGUAAAGCAACCGAAUGAGUUUGCUGAGAAAAUUUUGCCGAAGUUUUUCAAACAUAACAACUUUUCUUCUUUUGUGCGUUAACUUAAUAUGUAUGAUUUCCAUAAGACGCGCAACAAUUCAAAUGAACAUUGCUUUAGCCAUAAUCUAUUUAAAAAGAACCAAAAAAGUUUACUUAUUGAUAUUAAGAGAAAGAACGCAGUUCCUUAGGCUGAAAAGAUGAUGCCAGGAUAUGGAUAAAUGAAUCAACAGCUAUACCACCAACAAUAUAGCAAAUAUCCACAAACUAAUAGCAGGCCACCUUAAUCUCAUGAUCAUACAUUUGAUGACGGUGGGGAACUAUAUCAUGGAAGAGGGGAUCAAUUAAAUGGACAAGGGUACCCAUAAAACGGACUUAACAUGCUUCUAGACAAUCCUGAUGCACUUAGAUAACUUAAAUACACCUAGCUGGAUGAGAAGCUCAGACAAUAGGACCUAAAAUUGAAAGAAUAUUAAUAAACCAAUUAAAGUUUGUGGCAAGAGCUGUAUAAAUCAAGAGAAAGGGAAUAGAGUCUUGAAAAACUCUUUGUAAUUGCAUUUACUUGUAUCGCUUAAGCAGGUGGAUACAAUCUUGGACCCUAAAGAGAAUUAAUGAACUAAUAAUACAUUUAAAGUUCCAAUGCAACAGCUAACUCCAGUACUAAUCCUCGAGUUAAUGCAACUGGACUAUAAAACAACAAUUAAUCUUCUUAAGCAAAUAAUUCCUCUCUUGACUAACUAGUCUUAAGGAACGAGAACUCAAGCGACAUAAUGGGUUUCAUUACUAAAAUAUUGAAUUAACCAGGAUUGAUAAAUCAAAUUUUGAAUAUAUCCCAAAGUACCUUCAAGGGAAAUAAUUAAGGCUCGAGUAAUAUUGCAGGUUAGUUAGGUUCAUAAAAUUAAAAUUAAGGUCUUUCUUUGUUAGAGUAACUCGCGAAAGGGUUAAAUAAUUCAGGAAACACAAGCUUAAAGAACAAUAUUCAGCAAUUGCUAAGCAAUUUGGCAAGCGGAUCGAACUCAGUCCUUGGUCACAGCUCUAGAAGUGGAUUUACACCUCAUCAAGGAUCUUAUCAAAGAAUAAAUUUCCCUCAAAUUACUAAUCAAAGUUUGAACAUGAAUACUCCUCCAAAUAUGUCCCCUAAUCCAUAUGCAAACUAUGAUGAUAAUUUUGAUAAAGGAAAUUAUGCAGGUUCUGGUUCAAAGAUUCAACAACCAAUUGCUCAUAGAGUCUCAAGGACUAAUUCAUUAGCUGGUUCAAUUGCUGCAUCAGAUGAUGCUUCAUUAUUCAUUGCCAAAGAUUAAGCUGUUUUGUCAGAAGCAGAUAGUGACGAUCAUAGAAAGAGGCUAAGUACAGAACUUAGAAAAGCAUUUGAUUAGUACUUGACUAAUUAUAACUAAACCAAUAAUCAAGGAAUAAAUAUUGAAUCAGGAAGUAAUGAAUAUGCAACUCAACACAACGUAGAAUUUGAGACUAUUUCCAAUAGCACUCAAAAUUCAAAAGUAAAGUAGACAAAGUUUGAAAGUGCUCUAGGAAAAAGAUUAGGCAGCUCUAAAGAUAAUGUAUCUAUCAGUGAUGAAUUGAGUGCCAGAAAUGGAGGAGGAUUUACUCAAUUAUCAGAAAGUAAACUAGAAUGUGAUAUAAUGGAUGUCAACAAAAGUAAUAAGAGAAUGAAGAAGUGA